AUGCAACCUGAUGUCCUAGUCUCAAAAGAUCAAAUUAAUUCUUCCACAGGAGCAGAUGAAAAACGAAAUCCUGUUAGAUUCAUGAAAGUUACGGAAUACGACCUCCUGUCACUUAGGACGAAGCCAGAGGCCCUAGUAAUCUUUCAGCAACUACUUGCUAGACAUGAUGCCAAGACAAAAAAUGGACUUCGAAAAAUUUAUAGUACACUUUCGAUGGUUGGCCAACUAGGAAUACUUAUUAUCUCGUUAAAGACAACAGUUUAUCGGUCCAAAAAACAAUUAAUUUAUGAAAGCAUAGAACUCAAGAACGCGGAUGACAUUAUGGGAAAUACACAUUUAUUGUUGGGAUUUUCAAAAUUAGGAAAAGCCUCUUCCGAACCCGACGAAUCAUUUGCACCCACCCAAAUGUGA